UUGACAUGAAGAUGGUUGGAAGCUGGCUGUUUCUCCUCAUCUCUCUCCAAGGAUAUGAGGCUCCCUCCACCCCCAAUGUAAACUGCCUGAUCAUUAACCUGGAUUAUGUCAACUGCACCUGGAGUGAACAGAGGAGUCCAGAGGUCAACUACACCUUCUUCCACAAGAGGUCCAUCAAAAGGAAUAUGGAGGAGUGCACAACAUAUCUCCAGGAGAAGAGUUAUGCUGUGGGAUGUAGACUGUCCUAUGACAAGUCUGACAGGUUUAGAACACUGACAACCAAGCUGGUCCAUCAGAACAACAGUUAUGUGCAGAACCAUAACCUGAAAAGCAUGGUGAAGCUUUACCCUCCUGUCAACCUGUCAGUUGAGAUGAACAAAGACCCAGAGCUGAAUCUGUACUGGAACAACAGCAAGAACACCUGCAUUGAGAGUGAAGUUCGCUACAGAAUAAACAGCGACAAGUGGAAGACUUCUACUCCAAGCAAGGAACAGAAGUAUGCUGUGGCUUUCCCGUUAAAGAGCAGUCGGUAUGAGUUUCAAGUGAGAGCACGAGUAAACGACAUGUGUGGAGAGUCCAAGUUCUGGAGUGAAUGGAGUCAGCCCAUUCAAUGGGAUUCCAUGAAGGGAAAUAACAUCACAGACAUAUCUGGCAGCUCAAUGUCUGUGUGGAAGCCAGUACUGUCAUUAGUGGGUACCAUGACACUCUUCAUAUUGUCCUGCAUGCUGGUCUACAGGGAAAGAGAACGACUGAGAUUCAUCCUCAUUCCCAUUGUGCCUAAUCCAGUAAAGAGCCUGAAGGACCUUCUUGACAAGGACACUGUAGAGGCCUGGCUUCACAUCUCCGAAGGUGUUUGCUUCCAGUCUAACUUCACUGAGCUUGCCUGUCCUGUUCAUUAAACAUGAACGGGCCAAAACGGACAUGGCAGCAGGUCAAAAUCAAAUACAAGAACAUUCUGCAGAAUGCAGUGAAAAAGAAUACCCACAGACAAGGCACGGGUGGUGGGUCACCAAAGGCUGACCUUACCCCAGCAGAGGACAUGGCCUUGGAGCUAAAUAAAGGCAGGCCCGUCUUAGAGGGGA